AUGUUGACGGUGGUGCUAAUACUCUCAUUGAUGGCGUGUGGUAUUUUGUCGUGGUGGCGAAGAAUCCCAAAUAAAGAUGAACCACCAGCCUACCCAGGCGCUCUGCCUCUGAUUGGGCACGCUCAUCUCUUACUCGGAGACAGCGUGAAACUAUGGAAUUUUGCAAAAAAGGCAUGUCUCGAGAGCUGGAAAGCUGGCGGAGCUGUAUCUUUUUCAAUUGGACCAAAAGUGUUUUACGUUGUAACGGAUCCAGAAGAUUUCUUGAAAAUAUCCAAUACAUGUUUACAAAAAGACCACAUCUACGAGUUCUUUAAGGCUUGGCUUGGAAAUGGAUUAGCAACUAGUUCCGUUCCAGUUUGGAAAAUACAUAGGAAAUUGUUAAAUCCAGCAUUCAGUCCUACCGUUCUACAUGGAUUUUUGGACGUGUUCAAUGGGCAAUCCCGACGUUUGGUGAAGGAUCUAGAGGUAGAAGUCGGCAAAGGACAGUUUGAUCAUUGGAUCUACACACGGAAUAAUACUUUGGAGACACUUUGCUUGACAGUGAUGGGAGUAGACAUAAGAGACGAUCAAAAAUUGUACAGCGAAUACAUCAAUGCAGUUGCAGAGAUUAACAGCAUCAUGAUGGAAAGAAUCCAGAAGUUCUGGCUUCACAGCGACUUUAUUUACAAUUGGUCAGCGUUGAAAAGGAAGCAGGAUGCAUGUUUGAAGAUUUUGCACAAUAUGCCUUACUUCAUUCUGAAACAGAGAAAAGCUGAUUACCAGAAUUUCGAUAAAAAACAAAUUGAGAAGACGGCAAAAGGUCCAAUAUUCAAGCCUUUCUUAGAUAUUCUCCUUGAACUAUCAAUUGAGGAAGGCGCAUUCAAUGACCGUCAGAUCAGAGAACACCUGGAUACGGCGAUGUUUGCCGGUCACGACACUACAGCCACUGUAUUAAUGUACAACAUGCUACUGGUUGGAUCUCACCCUCAAGUUCAAGAGAAAAUUUUUGAGGAAUUAUUCAACGUGUUCGGUGAUGACGAUAGGGACGUAACAAAGCGAGAUCUAUCACAACUGAUAUAUCUAGAUGCUGUGUUAAAAGAAACCAUGCGGUUUUAUUCUGUAUCGCCCUUCGUUGCAAGAUUAAUUGAUAGAGAUAUAAAACUGCGCAACUGGACUCUCUUUAAAGGUCAAUCGUGUUUAAUGUCCAGCUAUGGUGUCCAUAUGCAUCCCCUGUGGGGUCCUGAUGUAGAACAAUUCAAGCCAGAGCGUUGGCUGGAUCCCGCGUCUUUACCUGAUUUCGCCAACUGGCAUUCGAGCUUUAGUUUAGGAAGAAGGAAUUGCCUAGGUAAAGCAUACGCUAUGAUGUCAAUGAAGGUUACUCUGGCUCGCUUAUACCGACACUAUAGGCUGUCCGGAGACCACACAAAACUGGUAAAUAAGAUGGAGAUAUUGCUGAAGCCAGUAUCAGGACAUCAUAUUACAAUUGUAAAGAGGAAUAAAUAA